GUUGUCGGCCGCGUGCGGCCUGUCCUGGAAGGCGCAGCUCCCGCUGCAGCCGCGGCCCGGAGGCGAGAAGGACACACCUCGAACUAAUAUGCAUGAGCAAGUGAACAGAACAGAGAGACAGUUUAGAUCCCUCCCAGCUAACCAACAAAACCUACUUCCUCAAUUUCUUCUUCAUCUGGACAAGAUUCGGAAAUGCAUUGAUCAUAAUCAAGAGAUCCUACAGACCAUUGUGAACGAGUGCAAACAUAUGUUUGAAAAUAAAGAAUAUGGAGAAGAUGAAAAUGGGAAGAUUGUGCCAGCCUCAACGUUUGACAUGGAUAAAUUAAAGUCCACUUUGAAACAGUUUGUAAGAGACUGGAGUGAAACGGGGAAACCUGAGAGAGAUUCCUGCUACCAGCCAAUCAUUAAUGAAAUUGUAAAGAACUUUCCAAAAGAGAGAUGGGAUCUCUCCAAAGUUAAUAUCCUGGUACCUGGUGCUGGGCUAGGUAGAUUGGCCUGGGAAAUAGCUAUGCUCGGUUAUGCUUGCCAAGGAAAUGAAUGGAGCCUCUUUAUGCUCUUUUCUUCUAAUUUUGUACUCAACAGAUGCUCUGAAAUUAACUCUCAUAAACUUUAUCCCUGGAUUCAUCAGUUUAGCAAUAACAGGAGAUCUGCUGAUCAGAUACGACCAGUUUAUUUCCCUGAUGUUGACCCCCACAGUCUUCCUUCUGGUGCAAACUUUUCUAUGACAGCAGGGGAUUUUCAAGAAAUUUACUCAGAGUGCAAUAUGUGGGACUGCAUAGCAACCUGCUUCUUCAUAGAUACAGCGCAUAAUGUCAUUGAUUACAUUGAUACAAUAUGGAAAAUUCUCAAACCAGGAGGAAUAUGGAUAAAUUUAGGUCCUCUCCUUUACCACUUUGAAAACCUGGCAAAUGAACUUUCUAUAGAAUUGAGUUAUGAGGAUAUAAAAAAUGUUAUAUUACAGUAUGGAUUCCAUCUAGAGCAUGAGGAAGAAUUUUGGCAAUACAACUCAUUCCAGUACUGGAGAGCACCAUUACCUGCUAUUGAUCUGUCUGUCAUUCUGGACUUAGAUGGGGAGAACAUGACAGAUGCAAGAACUACUUCCAGGAUUGAAAUCAUAGAGACUGAAAUGGAGACCUGAGUAAUUAAUUCCUUGUAGCAAAUCUAUUUUGAGGAGGCUUGUCUCUGUUUGUGUUCAGGCUUUUCCUACUUUGGAACAAUAAGUAUAUUUCUGACAUUUUGAAAAAAAGAAUUUUAUACUUUUGUCAAUCUGCACAAGUAAGGAUGGGUUUGUCUACAUUGAUUGAAGGGUCAUUGUUGGACACUUGCCAAUAAACUGGAAAGGUGAAUUUACCUAUACAAUGAAGAGAAGGCUACUGACACAGGACUGGCAGAAAUAUUUGAAAACGUGGAUGUGUAACAAUUUGUAGAAAAUCAGAAUUUAUUUCUGGACUUUCAUAGCCAGCAAAAUGAAUAGCUUGGAGCAUUACCGGUAGAAGACAAAUCCCAAAACAUUCCUCCUGCCCUGAACAGAAAGGAUGUAGUUAACAUACAUAAAAGUGAAAUUUUUAUACCAUGCACUUAUUUAAAAAACUACACCAAAACAACCACCUUUACAAUCUUUUCUGAUGUUUUUUGCUUUAGAUGUUGAACAAAAACAAACAAAAAUCAGAUUCUAUGCAAACCAUAAAUGAUUAUGGUGGGAUAGUCUUUUCUGCUCAGAGCUGCCCUAAGUUACUUCACCUUCUCGCUAGUGAUAACUCGAAGCAGUGGGUGGCUUGUGGGUGCUUUGUUUUCUUUUUCACAUGCUCAAGUUAGUGCUAUUCCCAUUCUUUGUGUCAUUGGGUUUAGAGCAUUUUGUGGAGUUGAAUUGCCUGAGAUGUACAAAGCUGACAAGAAGAGCAGUGUGAAAUGAUCAGGCACACUUUUUCAGGGUUGAGUGAUUUAGGUCCUGGGCCUGCAAAGACUUGAGCACGUACAUAACUUUUCACACCUAUGUAGUCCCAUUGAAUUAAUGUGCUGCUGCAGAAUUGGGACCUUAGAGCUCUAUUUUUUUUAUUUGAUAGACUUUUGUCGGUAAUAAUUGGCCGAAAUUAGAUGUCUUAUCAGUUAACUUUGAUUUCAUGUGAUUUGUCUCCAAGUAUGGUGGAAACAAGAUAUUUUUGUUGGUAUCCUAUCUGCUUUGAGAAGGUUUUUGGUGAAUUUUUUAAAAAAAUUUUUUGUUAAAAACAGAGUUUUCAAUGUAUAUUUGAGCAUUUUUGUACUAUAUUUAAAUUACCCAACUUUUCUUCUGUCUUCAGAAUGUUACUGACAUAAUUGUAAUUUGUUAUUGCUUGGAUAUGUUUGUUUACAGUACUAAGUUGGAUGGCCUACUUAGUAAACAUUUGGAAAAUCGUUUUUAGUGUUUGUACUUUGUCUUCAGUUUUUACACUGUGCAGCUUGAAUUCAUUUUUUGUGGUGCACACAGAGGUGAAGAAAGGGGCUAGACCUGGGCAUAGCAUGAAGCUUUUGCUGGAAAUCUUCCUUACCAUGCUGCUUCGGUGUAUCCUGGUUCUCUCCUCAAUGUUCCCCUUUGCUGUGUUCCCGUAAAUAGACUUCUUGAACUCAAGUGGCCAGUAUUGCUGGAUAUUUGUCAGAUUGUAUUGGUGUUUUUAUUUGACUAGACCUCA